AUGACCGUCAAAGCAGAGCAAGCUCAGCAGACCUUCAACGACCUGGUCAACUCGAUGAAGGGUAGAGACACCCUCAGCGAUUGGGAUGUCCUUGUUUCCUAUGACGAAAUUCAAAUCAAUGCCCUCCUCGCCCAUCGCGCUGAAGGGCUGGGCCUGCACCAGCCUCUCUCUUGGAAAAAGGUUGAUAUUGACCCAGUUACCGAAGAAGAGCGCACCUACGUCUUUGAUGUGACGCUUCUCAAGCCAACCCUCCAGUUCGUGGACACCAGCAAUAGUGUCAUAAUUACCUGCGGCCUGGCUGGCAGCUUUCAUCUUCAGGGAAGCACCAAAGUCAAGGACUUGCCGUCUGGGCUAGCUUGCGAGAUUUCCACCAGCCUCGUCAACGUUGCGGGCGAGUGGCACCCCGAGGACGGUUGUGUCCCGAGCGCUACUGACGGGGACAAGCCGGCCAAUAACUGGAUCGCGGUGCUCGAACCCGACAGUAAUGUUGCCCGGGGUGUAUGCAUUGACUUUACCAAGUGUAAGGCCGCACUCAAGGAUGCCGGUAAUACCGGGGGUGGUGGGCUUGCACACCUAAACCCCUUGAUUUGCGCAUUCUUGGAAGAGCACUUCACCAACGUUUGUGGGUUACGCUACUGCUUGGCGGCUCUGAGCAAUCACUUCGACCCAAGCGACGAAAAUAGCCAAGUCCUCCAACCCUCGCACUUCUGCUUUACCCUCAUUCCUGGCGUCUUGAUGAUGUGGAUUGGCCUCCGAGGCGGUUCCGACAGCGGUACGCGGCAGUCGGGGCAGACGACGUUGACCUUCGCGCCGGAUUCAAGGGCAGUGUCUCCCAUUCCAGAGGGCCACACCGCUAGCAUCAUCUUCAGCCAAGCCAUGAUGAUGAAUCUCUUUCUGAAGUGCGAAAAGAUAGUGCCCUCGGCGCCGCCCAUUGACCUGGCCCUCAAACCUCUCGACUACUUUCUUACGACUAACCUGCUGUUCCCCGGGGAGCAUGUCUUCCACGCGGAUGACCCGGUACCCUCUUCAACGAAAGUUCAGUCCGGGCUUGCCAUGCCUCGUGACACGAUCCUAACAGGAAAUCUGAUGCGAAAUGAGGCGCUUCAUAGCAAAUGCUUGGCCGCCAUUGACGAGCACCGUAUGCUUCUCAGCCAGACGUUACUAUCGCCCACCUCCACCAAGCCCACGCUCGACAAACUGAAGGAAGCAUUUCUUUCGUUUCCAAGCCACAACAUUCUUGGGGACUUCUUCACUGCGGUCUCCUCCGAAUCCGAAGAUGGUGACGACACACCCAUUCCCGACCUUCUAGAGAAGCAUGGUUUUGGAAACCUCGUCGGGGUGGACUUCUUUAAACUGUGGGGAACGAGCUGGGCUGAAUUAAUUAAGACUGACGAUUUCGUGCUGCUGCCUGAAGAUGACAACUUGGGCAGUAGUCAGCCACAAAAGGUGGUAGAUCUGCGACUGUUCAGCGGGAUCUAUACAGUGGUCCAGCCCGAGCGAGACAGAGGCGAGCAGUUUGUCGUUCACCCCACACUGGGCUCUAUUCGCAUGGCAAAAAAAGACUGGACGCCGCAGCAAUUGUACGACCCAUCCAGUGGAAAGAUCACAAUAUCGUGGAAGACUGGAACGGAAAAAACAUACGCGGCACAGUUUGAGCUUGUGUGGGAUGCGGAGCGGCGCCGGUUGGGGAUGCACUGUCUCGGGACGGUGCGCGAGAAUGACAAUGCGACCCCUGAGCCUUUCGAGGCCUACCUCCGGGGUUACCUCCCCCAAGAGGAGGUACGUCUGAAGAACGAGGAAAAAACGCCACUCGAUAAAGCAUAUUUGUACAUGGGCAUACUUGCGGGAGGCGUGACUAUUCUGCACAUGUUUGUGACGUGCUAUUCCACUUUCGCGAUCAAUAAGCUCAAGAAGAAGGUCAAGCUACUGGAGACGGAGCUGAAGGAGACAAAGACGGGAAUCGACAAGGUCAAGCAAGACGUUGAGAGACAGGUGACCGAAGCCGUCCACAAACUUUACCAGCAGAACGAGCGGCUUGUCGAGGACGAGCUGGAGAGGGGCAGCAGAGCGAUCAAGGAGAAAGUUGAAGCAAGGCUAGAGGACUUGGUGAAGAAAGAUCCAAAGCUCAUGGACAAGCUGCAAGAUCCCUCGUUCAGGGACAUAACCACGAAGGAGCUUGUCGAAACAGCGAGAAAACAACUAGAGGCUCAGUUUCCCACAAUCAUCUCGAGACUUGUGAACUCCCCCAUCAACAAGGCGGCAAUGCAGGACCGUUUCUAUAACGCUAUUAUGACGGCGGUGGAAAAACAAGCCGUUUCCGUCAAGAUCGGAAACGAGGAAUCGCAUCAUAUUAUUGACGUCCUCGACAGGAAUCCGGGGGAGGGGCAAGAGUCCCUUAGUGAGCUCAUAGUCAAGGAAGUUUUGGGGCAAAAAGAAGCCUUUGAGGCGGAGAGACAGAUGAUGGAACUGGUGCAAAGGGGAGAGGCCAUCGACUUCGACAUGGCGCAACGAUCACGAGAGAUCGCAAUUCAGAGUGAAGAGGUGGACAAGGCGAAGGAGGCGCUCAAGAAGGAAAAGGACUCCGUCGAGAAGGAGGCCAAGGAGAAGAAGCUAGAGGAGGCGCGGCGUAAGCUACUAGAGAAAUACGGAAACCUGGGGAAAGGGGUGAAGGAGAAGCAGGAGGUGACGCGGGAGGCGAAGAAGAAGGAGGAAUACAGCCGCAGGAGCAGGAAAGAGUUGGAGGAAGCAAAGAAGAAGACGGAUAAAAUGCAUGAGAGAUUCGCUAAAUAA